AUGCCUUCUAAUUCUUCCUCUGCCAAAUGUUGUACACUUCUCUGCCAUAUAAACACCAGGAUUGCUCUUACAAUAGUGGAUAUUUUGAUUGGAAUCUCGAAUAUUCUUUCAUAUGCAAUACAAUUUCACAAUUGGUCAGCACUAAUUCUAACCUCUAUGGUGACAUUAGUAGCAUGUCACACAUUACAAAUGUUCUUAGCAGAGAAGAAAUGCAAAAUUACCAAUUGGGAGUAUGGGACUUUCCAAUGUAUUUUGAUUAUCGAUCUUUAUGGAGAAAAUCUAUGGUUCACCGGUCUCUGGGCAACUGCUAUAACGAAAUAUACGUGGCAGAAUGCGUUUCUUGCUAGGAAUUAUGGGAAUAUGAAGAGGAAAUUGGAGUCACGAACAACAGAUCAUGAGUCUGAAAUUGCUGAAAAAGAACCGUAA